AAGAUCGAAAGCACAUUUGGUGACUUACACAAUAUCAAAGUGAGCUUAAUAUUAUAUAAGUAAUGUAGAUUUUGUGUGUGUGAAUUGCAGUAAAGUUUAAAGCCGCAAUUUAAAGUGUCAAGUAGCUUUGACCAUAUUCAAAGCAAAGAGAGAACAACAAAUUCAAUUCAAGGAUAUGAACGAAACGAGACGAACAGUCGGUGGCAUUGCACUUCCGGCACUGCUAUUGACGCUGCUGCUGCUGUUUGUGUCCCAUACCGAGUGUCGAGCUGCGGGGGAGUCGGAAAAUGAGUCUGAUAUUGCAUCGCUUCCUCCGGAUGUGGAUAACGUGGAGUUGCAUCGAGUGAAGCUCGACAAUGGCGUUAUGACUGAGGAUCAUCCCAUUGUUAUGUACAAAGAGGACUUUGUCAACGAGGAUUAUGAUCCCACCCAGAGUGAAACCAAGGCAAAACCUACAAGGAAAUACAAGCAACUGAAGCGCAUGCGUCAUCAUUACAGCACCGCAGAGAAGAUACGCUUCGAUGUGCUGCCCGAGACACCAAUCUUUGUGGACGAUGCCGAUGACUUUGGUGCCGAUAACUUUGAGGCCGGCUCGCUAUUGGAGCCCUCCAAGCAGGAGACUUUGCAGAAGUAUCCCAAGAAGUAUCACAGUCGUCAGCGUCGUCAAGCGUACUACAACUUCAGCCGAAACAACCACGAUGUGCAGCCCUAUCAAAAUCGCCCCGCUUCCGUAUCUAAUUCUCUGUCAUUUGGGCACCCAAAUCUAAACCCACGUAAUCCGGUAGAGGACAAGGAACCCAAGUAUCAUGGUAAUCGACUGCUAAUGCAACCGCCUAGAUGGGAGCCCAGCCCACAAAGACGUCCAGCCACAAAUAGGCCGACGACAUCCGCACCAGCAGCGUCGAGAAGAACCACACCGAGGGUGUCAAGCUGUGUCUGGGCCAUUGUCAACUGUUGUUCGCAGGGCAACAGUGAUAUCCACUAUAAUUGCUUUGAGGAAUUUGGCUGUCACGGCGCCUUUUGGGGCGUCAAUCCCUGUGCGGACAAUGUGCGCGAUGGUGCGAUUGCCUCAUUAACGAGAUCCUUUUCAACCGGUCCUCCAUCCCUACGCCAAUACCUACCUAUUUAAUUUAUUGUCUAAGCUUAAGUCUAAAACACUUAAAACACUAAUAAAACAUUUGCAAAUUUGUCUUUUUUAACUGCCAUCAAUAAUAGUUAUAGUGAUAAAUGAGA